UUGUUCGAGCAGGGAGAUUUUGCAGCUCUAAAGAAGGAGCGCUGUGAAGUCAGGGAGGCCGCCGUGCCCAGAGCAACUUUCGGGGCCCCGGAACGGCAGUUGCAAGGGACGGGCCAUUUGUCCGGAACACCCGCAAUUUGAUAUUGAUUAGGGGUCAGUCCCAUUGAGCUCAGGCGGAUUUUCUUCUGAGCAGAUAGGACCAUGACUCACGUUGCCAAAUUUUCAACCGGCCUCUGCGCUUGUGCUGUUAUGAGCAGAUGUUUGCAGAUCUUGGCAAGUUUAUUCUGGUCUUCUCCAUGCCUUGUGACUGGGGGAAGAAAUCACUUGUUAAUUUCUGCAGAUCAGUUAGCACCCCAACAUACAAAUACCCUCAUCUUCGCCCUGUGGCUGUGGGGGAGUUAAAGCAGGGUGGUAGAGCAGUAUGGCUUGCAUGCAAAAGAUGGUCCAAGGUUAAGAUCCAAUUUUAAAAUGAAGCAAUCGGUGAUCUCCAGCAGCUGGUCUUCUGGGAUUCCUAUCUCACAUCAUGUCACUCCGUAGGUUAUAACCACAGACUCGAGAUUUGGAUAGACUUGGGUCCCGUCUUCAAUCUCCACCCCCCCCCCCCCCAUUUGGGUUCUCCCACCCACUCACCAUUGCUUCAGUGCAUCCUUCCUGUGCCAUCCUUUUCCUUUGCAUUGUGGCCGUGUUUCCCUUUGAAUGCAAAAUGUCUAACCCAGCCCCAGGCUCCAGGGACUGUCAUGCAUAGAAGAAUGCAGGACAUAAGUGCUUUUCAGACCCUCUCUGGUGCCUUGAAGUUUCUUGCAAAAUCGAGGCAGAGCAUGAAGUUUAGGGGCUGCAGAUGAGCUGCCGGUGGCUUGGUCAAGGAGAGCAGCUGAUGCCGGAAGGAAGCACUGAAGAAUUCUUGCCAAGUUGGCACCCUGGACCAUUUUAUCAAUACUGCAUGCAAUUGACUGGCCAAGCUCCCUUGCUGUGAGAACCCAGAAGAGUUUGCGCUAAACAGUCUCUAAAUAAAAAUGCUUGCUUGUGCACACAAUCCAUUCUAGUCCUGGAAGGGCUGCUGUUUGCCUGAAAAGCCCUCUGCUGUCCUGCCUGUGGAUGCUUCAUUUGUCUCCCGGCUCAGGUCAUGACACAUAAUGUUUGUGGUGACCAAAGUGGAUGUGAGCGGCCAUUUUUAGCAGAGGUGUCUGCUGCUGCUGCCAUGAGGACUCUUUGUGGUUCCUGAUUUGCACACUCUUUGCCUUGGAGGUCCAUGUCUUCUGGAGAUUGGGCUUGAAGACUCCACUUUUUGAUCUGCCCCUCAUUUCGGUAUUCCUUCUUUCUUCUUGGCUCAUCAUGGGAGGAUGUUUUUCCAGACCCAAGCCAGGACCGGAUAACUUGCACCCUACCGUUUUAAAGGAGUUCUCUGCACCAUUGAGGCUGAUUUUUAAUAGAUCUUGGAAUACUGAGGAUGUUCCAGAGGACUGGGAAAAAGCUGAAGCCAGUAUGUCAGUGUAUAAAAAGAGUAAACGGAAUUCACUGGUUGAAGUGAAAAUUGAAGUUGUGCUUCCGGAGAAAGAGAGAGCCAAAGAGGACAUGUCACCCAACGGGAAAGCCAGCCCUAUCAUCUACAAAGCCAAUGGAACUUCUCGGCACUACCAAUUGGAGGAGCACCCCAUUGCCAUGAACCCAUACCGGAAUCUGAAAGAUGUUGUUGAAGCCUCAGUUUGUCAUGUAAAGGACCUCGACAAUGGGCAGAUGCGAGAGGUAGAUUUGGGCUGUGGGAAGGCCUUGCUGGUCAAAGAAAAUGGGGAAUUUUAUGCCUUGGGCCACAAAUGCCCUCACUACGGUGCCCCACUGGUGAAAGGAGUUUUGUCCAAGGGACGAGUACGUUGCCCCUGGCACGGGGCUUGUUUUAAUAUUGGCACGGGGGAUAUAGAAGAUUUUCCUGGCCUGGACAGUUUGCCAAAGUUUCAGGUGAAAAUUGAGAAAGAGAAAGUGUACAUUCGAGCUAGCAAACAGGCUCUUCAGACACAAAGACGGACCAAAGUGAUGGCUAAGUGCAUCUCCUUGAGCAACUACAACAUCAGCAGCACAAAUGUACUCAUCAUAGGGGCAGGCCCCGCUGGAUUAGUAUGUGCUGAAACAUUACGGCAAGAAGGUUUCUCAGACAGAAUUGUCAUGUGCACAAUGGAUAGACAUUUGCCCUAUGACAGACCCAAAUUAAGUAAGUCAAUGGAUUGCCACCCCGAUCAGAUCGCUUUGAGACCUAAAGAAUUCUUUCGUAUGUAUGACAUUGAGGUCCUGACAGAAAUGCAGGUUGUGGCUGUAGAUAUCAAGAACAAGACUGCUGUCUUCAAGGAUGCGUUUAAGAUGGAAUAUAACAAAUUGCUGCUGGCCACUGGAAGCACGCCAAAGACCCUUAGCUGUAAAGGCAAAGAAGUGGAAAAUGUUUUUAAUAUCGGGACAGUGGAAGAUGCCAAUCGAGUGGUAAAGUUGGCCACCAGCAAAAAUGCGGUAGUUGUGGGUGCCUCUUUCCUAGGGAUGGAGGUCGCAGCCUACCUAACUGAGAAGGCCCAUUCUGUUUCGGUGGUGGAGCUAGAAGAAGUCCCUUUCAAGAAGUUCUUUGGGGAGAAAGUUGGGCGAGCCAUCCUGAAAAUGUUUGAAAACAACCAUGUGAAAUUCUACAUGCAGACUGAAGUAUCAGAACUGAGGGAACAGGAUGGCAAGCUAAAGGAAGUUGUGCUGAAGAGCGGCAAGAUUCUCCGUGCUGAUGUCUGUGUCAUAGGCAUCGGUGCGACUCCCGCAACAGGCUUCUUGAAGCAGAGUGGCAUUAACAUGGAUUCCAAAGGCUUCAUUGUUGUAAAUAAGAUGAUGCAGACUAACUUUCCAGGCAUUUUUGCAGCUGGUGACGCUGUUGCGUUUCCGCUGGCCUUGCGGAAUAACAAGAAGGUGAACAUCCCUCAUUGGCAGAUGGCCCACAUGCAGGGACGUAUAGCAGCUCUAAACAUGUUGGCCCAUGGGACAGAAAUCAGCACAGUCCCAUGCCUGUGGACAGCAAUGUUUGGCAAAAGCAUUCGCUACACUGGCCAUGGAGAAGGAUUUGAUGAUGUAAUCAUUCAAGGAGACUUAGAUGAACUGAAAUUUGUGGCUUUUUACACCAAGAAUGAUGAGGUGGUUGCUGUGGCAAGUAUGAACUAUGACCCGAUUGUCUCCAAGGUUGCUGAUGUCAUGGGAGCUGGGAGAGCUAUCAGGAAAAGAGACGUGGAGCUGUUCAUCCGUUAUGGAACAACUGGAGACAUGUCCUGGCUAACAGGGAAAGGCUCAUAAUGACCCUGGGAGAUGCUGGUUCUGUACCAACGCUAUAGUAGCCAGCAGGGAGAUGCGUGCCACACACUUCCAUAACUUUGACAAAUCUAGCAUCUUCCUAUGAACUUCCCCAUGGGCUUUCCUCGUACUUCAUCCCCUCCCAAAGGCCCGCUCUUGGGAGCAUCCUUGAUCAGUUGAACCUGCACCUUAGUUUCACAGAGUGGCUUCCAGAAGUCUUAAAAGCCAACCAGAGAGAAAGGCAGUCCCUUCUGUAUAACUGACUUGUCGUGGCCAAGCUGAAUGCUGUUUGAUGUGUCCUUGGGAAAGCUCUGCAUGAAUUCAGCAGAGCAGUGUGGAAGAGGAGUAAAUAUGGUUUGCACAUUCCUGGGAUUAGUAUAGCAUAAGAUGCCAGAAAGAUGAAGACCUCUGAGAAUUUCUCCUGGGCAGAGGAAUAUCUUUAUGGAUUGUUCUCUGGCUGGCUUCCUGGAUGACUUCCAUAACCUCAUUAUUCCUUCUCUCGAUUCCAUUCCUUUCAUGGUUCCACGUCCAAGAGUUUGUAUGCUUUUCCUGCAGUCAGGGCAGCAGGGGUCUCAAUUACAAUAGAGACAACCAACCUGGAAGAUGCUUUGGAUCCACCAGGAACAGAAGAAUUGAGAUAACUUCUUGAGCAAGUGUGCCUCUCUUGCAGCCGUGUAGACUGUUACGGCACAUAGGUAUGAUCACCCAUUUGGCAUACAUUCUGCUCCCUUCUGGCUCUCUCAUCUUGUUCCCUGCUUGCCCUAUAUAUGGGACUGUGUGUAUGCAGCAGUGCUGCACAAGGAGCCUGGAAUAUGGACACACAGUCCAGCUUUUUUGAGCAUCUGAUUUUUUUGGCUCAGACCUGGAUGGCCCAGGCCAACCUGAUCUCAUCAGAUCUCAGAAGCUAAGCAGGGUUGGCCCUGGUUUGUACUUAGAUGGGAGACCACCAGGAAUACCAGGUGGAUUGGGGCACCUGAGUUUUCUUUUCAAGGCACAGCUUGGGAAGAAGCAGCUACUGAGCACCCUUUGUCCCCACCUGCAGGAAUAACCCAUCUCAGGCAUAUGAAUCUCCCAUGCGAUGACUGAAACAGGGCUUCCCCCGCUCACCUUGUCUAGUUUUAGCACGUGCACACAUUUCGAAAGGCAGAAACCUAACAACUGCAUCACUUCCUCUUUAUGUGGUUGAGUUUCUGCUCUCCGCGCAACUGUAAGAGGCACUGAGAAAUGGGGACUGUAUUUGCCCACCCUGCAUCUCCUCUGUUUGUACAACUUGAUGCCACUUGCUUUGUUCAGCCUCCUGCAAGCUGUCUCACAAUAUUGGCUCUUUUUCUAGAUUGAUAAUAAACUAAUAUAUUAAACCAU